CAACGAGACGAGACAAGAGCAGUGCACAAAGCACAACUGUUUUCGGUGCCGAUUUAUCGGCAACCACCACACUCCGACACCUCUUCUUCUUCUUUAAAUCUCUCUCUCUCUCUCUCUCUCUCUCUCUCACGCUCCGAAAUCCGACGAGAAUUUCUGAAAUAGAGCCUGCAAGCACAAAAGAAACCCUAAUCUUCGAGACCCCGAGGGGCUUUUAUUUUUUUAAUUAAUUUAGCGAUAUGCUGUUUUGGGUUAGAAUAAUAUACUGAGAGACAUAGAGAGGAAGGAGGAAGUAUUUGGGUGAAGAAAGGAGGAGACAUGUAUCGAGAGAGAGGGCUGGGCAGCUCCAGGUCCGAGGUGGGACCCGCCGCCGAUCGGAAGCACCGGAUCAACGAGGCACUGGACAAGCAGCUUGAGCGUUCCUCGCCAUCCACUUCCCGCCCUAUUGUCAAUGGCAAGGAUAAGUCCGUCUUCAUGUCUAAGCCUCCACCCGAUCAGAGAGACACUCUCGCCAAGACCAACUUCUCCGAUGAGGAAUCUGAAACAGACAGUGAAGAAUCAGAAGUCAGUGGUUCUGAUGGUGAUGACACAUCUUGGAUGUCAUGGUUUUGCAAUCUCCGAGGAAAUGAAUUUUUUUGUGAAGUAGAUGAUGAUUAUGUACAAGAUGACUUUAACCUUUGUGGGUUAAGCAGUCAAGUUCCUUAUUACGAUUAUGCACUUGAUUUGAUUUUGGAUGUUGAAUCUUCCCAUGGUGAUAUGUUUACAGAGGAACAGAAUGAGUUGGUUGAAUCGGCAGCUGAGAUGCUCUAUGGUAUGAUUCAUGCCAGAUAUAUAUUGACAAGCAAAGGAAUGGCUGCUAUGUUAGAAAAGUACAAGAACUUUGACUUUGGGAGAUGCCCAAGAGUUUACUGCUGUGGACAACCCUGCCUUCCAGUCGGCCAAUCAGACAUUCCUCGGUCAAGCACGGUAAAGAUAUACUGCCCCAGAUGUGAAGAUAUCUACUACCCUAGAUCCAAGUAUCAAGGUAACAUUGAUGGAGCCUAUUUCGGAACCACAUUUCCUCACCUCUUCUUGAUGACAUAUGGGCACCUCAAGCCUCAAAAGCCGUCACAAAGCUAUGUUCCAAGAGUCUUUGGGUUUAAACUUCACAAGCCAUGAUGCUGGAAUUCCAAGCUUCCGUUGGGGUGAGAAGUGGUAUUGCUCAGCUUCUGUAUCUCCAUGCAGAAGCGGUGGACUUCACAGGUCUCCCAAAUUGAUCACGACUGAAGCUUCUUUGUUUUUCUGUGUUUUAGGGAAAACUGUAAAGCUAUUGCCAACCAUGCAAAGCGAGUAUUUUUUUCAAUUUAGCUGCUUAUCGGUGAUCUUCUUCAAUACUUUGUACUUUUCGGUAGUGUAGAUACUGAAAAUGGCUUUGUAGUGGAUUAUUUCAUCUUUGGGUUUUGUACUUCUUUUAGCUUUGCAGUGUGAUUGCUGGUAGUUAAAAAACUGUCCACUUAUUUCCCU